AUGCUCGACAGUGUUGCCGACAUCAACUUGGGAAUUGGUCAUUUUGGUACUGCCCUUCAGGCGGCAGCAUUCGGCGGCCAUCUCUCCAUGGUAAAUCUGGCUCUGAAACGUGGAGCAGAUGUUAAUACUCGGGGUCGUUACGGAACGGCUCUUCGGGCUGCUGCUCUUCGGGGACAUAGUAAUAUUGUGCGGCUACUUAUUGAAAAGGGGGCCAAUAUCGAGGGCAAAGAUGCCGACGCAAUGCAAGCGGCUGCUUUCAAUGGACAUCUAUCAACGGUUGGCAUUCUGAUCGACAGCCAAUUGUAUGAUUGCGACAACUCUUCCAGCAUUCCGGCCGUAGAAUCGGCUUCGUUCCGCGGCCACCUAGAGGUUACACGACUUUUGCUCCAGACAUUUGGUAAGAAGGCUGCAUAUUACGCCUUUUCUGCGGGACUUAAUGGAGGCCGAGAAAACGUUAUGCAGCUUGCUCUGCAGUGGAAUCCAGAAAUAAAGGCUUCCGAUCUUCCUGAUGGCAGUGAAGGGUACUGCAGUAUGGGAGGUGGCCUUUCUCUACUCCCAUCGGGAGAUAGAAACUACUAUGACUACAUCUAUGGCGGCAGUGAGGAUGAUAGGGGCAGGGGAGACAAUGCAAUGAGUGACGAUAGUGAGAAAAAAAUAGCCGCGAACGAGAGCGCUAUCAAUGUGUCACAAAAGCCCAACGCGAGCUCGCCGUGGCUGGCUGUAGAGGAAGAGCAUGGCCUGGGUAGGACGGUUGAGACAGAUUAUGAGAUCGGUCAUGGCAAUGGCAGGUUCCUCCGAAUUGCGGCUCGAAAAGGCCUUGUGCAUACCGUCAAUGUCCUCAUUGAUCAAGGUUUUGAUAUCAACACCACGGGGAAUUAUUCUGGUCCUUCCUCUGGUCAAUCUACCCCGAUCGAAGUGGCAGCUGAAGCAGGACAGUUCGAAGUAGUUGUUAUCCUCUUGAAAAGGGGUGCUGAAGUCGGUCAGGCAUUAUCAUAUGCCACACGCAACGAAGACAUGCAAAUGAUUCGGCUGAUACUUAAUGAGCGGCCUGAGACUCCCCUUGACUGGCCUCAAAGUCUAGACCAGCGGGGAAACUAUGAGCGAACAGUCACUCCGAUUGUUGUGGCAGUCGCUUGGAAGCGACCUCGAUCUCUUGAAAUGCUACUAGCUCAUGCUAAACGCUACUCUCAGCCUAUAAUUGGGUACGGUCUGAUAAUGGCAGCGCGAAAAGGAAACGUGAGCUACAUGCGGUCAGUUCUCAGUGACUUCCAGUUGAAAGAAUCGGGUGACGUGACUUCCUUGGCUCGUCAGCAGUAUGACACUUUUGUCAUGGUGUCACAAAUUGCAGCCAUGAGAAACAGUACAAGGACGAUGCAGCUUCUCUUAUGUUAUGUCACUUCAGAGACCAUCCAAGAGAAACUACUUGAAUGUUUUGUGCAAGUUGGUAUCUCAAAUACCCACUGGUACGCUGUUCUUGAAAAUGUUCGGCAUAUCUUCAAUCCAUCAUUUUAUGACUACCUCGCAGGAAAGGCACUGGUUUCCAUCGCUUCAAUGAAAGAGCUUUUACCUAAAGGCAAGAAUUCUAAAGAUCUCGCCGCAUUGGAGGAAGAGUUUGAACUUCUCUUUGGAAGUUCGUCAGUUUUCGUCUCAGCAUUACCAGACGCUCUUCGAGAGGCCACCAAGAACAAUAACCUGGUUCUUAUAAAACGUAUUUUGGACUGGCACCGUUUGACAUGUGCCAUGUCAGCAAGGAAUAUUGCAACCCUGAUCAAUGAAGCAGAUGCAGAUGGGAAGACACUGCUGUACUUCGCAUGUACUACCGGACGCCCAGAUAUCUUUUUCGCCUUUUUGGAUGUUGGAGCAGGCACAUACGGCCUAUAUGACUCAUUCCCGUUGAAACGUGUGGACCAAAUUAAAAUACCGGCAACCAAAAGCGGUAAGGCAAAUCUAUUGCAGAUUGCUUUGGAUGCAUAUCAAGCAUCAGAAGACACACGAGAAUGGUAUCAUUGGGGAAGAACUCUGUGGGAAAGGCCACUUGAAGUAUCAUGUGGACCGAUUGUCUGCCAUCUGCUUGACGUGGGGUUGGAGAUUGACUUGGCAUACCCGGGUUUGAUCAAAUUCUUCUACGUUGCUUGUCGUCAGGGUGCACUUGUGUACGUCAAAAAGCUCUUGGAGAAAGGUGUCAGUCAAACUGCUCGGUCGGACAGAUUACGUGUACGUGAUACGUGGUUCGAAUCUGCUCUUCAUGUUGCUGCCAUCGGAGGCCAAAUGGCUGUUGUGGAGUAUCUCCUGAGUCACGGGGCUGAUGUACGUGCCAGAUCAAACCUUGGCAAUGAUUCCGGAACGUACAGCCAGACUGCCAUCGAAGCUGCUCUAGAGCGGCAUUCUCUGUCUGGGUCAAGAAAGGCUAUUCAUCAAGUCUGUGCAUACCUUGUUUCCUCGGGUGCAUCUGAGAGUGAUGCUGAGCUUUUGCUGGUAAAAGCCUGUCAAGAAGAUAACUUGCCUUCUGUCAAACGUAUGCUGCGACGUGGAACGAAAAUAACAGACGCAUCUGCCAUCAAGUCAGAAAAACUUUAUCGCGCUUUUGUCGAAGUCGGUUUCAACUUCCAUGAUCAUCCUGCUACCAUUGGCCGUCUCACAGAGAAUGCAAUGGAACAGGGAAAUUCGGGGUAUUUUCAGGAACUCGUGGAUAUUUAUGGUCUCCAACUUGACUCUCGUGACCUUUUCAGGGCCAUAAUGGCAACUUUAAAGCGGAAAGAAAACCGAGCCUUGUUCCUGAGAAUUCUGAUAGAGCAAUACUCUCUUGAUAUUAAUCAGGUCUAUGAAUUCCCUUGGAGAAGAACUCUCGAGACUACCACAAUCCUUAACAAAGCAGCUUGUGACUUCAAAGACGUUGAUGAUGUGGGCUUCGUACUCCAACUAAGUGCAAACCCCGAUAGUCCAGGCCUUCGCUAUACUCCUCUCACGACAAUUCUUGUCCGGGAUGCAAUAUCGACAAGCGGGCGUAGACCUGGGGACACACUUCUCAUCAUCAAAGCACUUUUAGACCACGGGGCAGAUCCGAACGGGCUACGACCAAUUGACCUGCUGCCUACGGGUCAAGUGAAAUAUCGAACCUUCAGGACCCCGUUGCUACUUGCUAUCAUCAUGAAUAAGCCUGAAACUGCUCAGAUUGUGAAGACUCUCCUAGACCACGGCGCUGAUGUUAACAUGGGCCGUAUCUCACCUUUGCGUCUUUCCCAGUUUUUCGGCCAGAAAGAUGUUGAGAAUUUGCUUCGUGAGCAUGGCGCUAGGGAUAACAGUGACGCUGAUUGCCCAAUAUCAGACUUUGUGAAGGUCCUCAGUUGGAAGGACACUUACGGGGAUAGAGCUGUGGAUGGGCUUCUUCGGGAUGAUUAA